AUGGCUAGUAAAGGCCGCCUUAGUGGCAUCAUCAGACCAAUUCAGCUCAUCUGGUUAUCCGUCCAACCCGGCGGUUUCAUCGCCUAUGAAAACACCACCUGUAUCCCCUUCCUUCUCCGCUCCGCUCAAGGCAAAAUACUCGAACUCGGCCCCGGACCAGGCAACCAAAUCCAGCGCUACGUUCCAUCUCUCGUAGACACCAUAUACGCCGUUGACCCUAACCCCCACUAUGGAGACGCAAUUGCCGCAAAGCUCAAGAAACUUGAUCUCCAGGAUAAGUAUAAGUUUCUAACGUGUGGUGUUGAAGAAAGCGACAUUUUGCUAAGGGAGGGGAUUACAGAGGGGAGUAUGGAUACUGUAAUGUGUUCGGUGGGGGAUGUGAAGAGUGUGAUGAGAGCCGUGUGGAAGUUGUUAAAGCCGGGGGGCAGUUUUAUAUUUUGGGAGCAUGAGAGGAAUAAGGAUAGUGUUACGGCUAUGGCGCAAGCUUGUUUAAAUCCUGCUUGGAGCGCAUUCGUCGGGUGUCGGAUGAAUCGGGAUAUCAAGGCGGAUAUCCUUGCAGCUGGAGAGUGGGAGAAUCCUGGUGACAUUGAGGUGGACGAUGAUCCGUAUAGUUACUUGCCUAGGAUUUGGGGCGUGCUUAAGAAGAAAGCUUGA